UGGAUAAGGCUAAUACCGAAAACCGUUAGUAAUUUGUAUUACUACUACUUAGUCGGGACGCAAACCACAGCUGUGAGAACAGAGAGCUUUUGCUUCCGGCCACAAAUUGGAGGCAAAGUAAAAGUCGCGAUCCCACAUCUUGGCUAAGGUCAGGCGCCUUUUAAUGCUGGCCAAAGUGAACGGAUGCAAUUACUCAAUUGCUCUGGCCUUUGUGCAUUGUAUCAGUGCUGUGUAUAUGUAUGAACGCCUUAUGCUGGGCCCGAAGAAAAUUAGCGCUAUUGCCAAACGAACAGCGGUACACAGGUGAACGCUCGCGAGUGGGAGAGCGAGCUUUAGGAGCGGUUUCUUACCUGCUUAACCUGCUGCUCACGUCUGGUCUUCGUUAGUGGGAGCAGUGGAGCACUGGGAGCAGCGGCAAGAGCGUGAAGCCCGCGCAAGAUAUUCAAGCGAACUGCCAAGUCCCGACUCCGUCAGUCUGCGAGGCCGCCUCAAGCGUUCAACACCUGUGCGCAGUUAAAAAAAUAUAGAAACCCAACCCAACGCAACGCAAACCAAUCCAAUCCAAACCAACCAGUACUACCAAUUAGCAGGCUCUUAACUCAACCGAAGUGAAUGAAAAGUGGCUGAAAAAAGGGAAACUCAAGCGGUAUGCAAGUGCAGAACCCAGCCCAACCAGAUGAGCCCAACCCACAACCCAGCCGAUUGAGAUUCCAAACGCAACACAUGCUGCUGGAACCGUUUUAGCCAAGAGAGUUGUUUUAUUUUGGCCACAAGUGGGCAGAGAGGAGGCGAGCUGCCGAGUGUGGAGUGUGUAGCUGGUUCGAGAGAUCACUGGAAAACCAAACAAACCGAAGCCAAAUCGAAACAAAACAAAAACGCCAGCGAACAACAUGAAUCAAACGCAAGUGAAUAAUUUUCUAAAGUGCUUCCUGCAAAUCGAUGAGCCCGCCAGCCGCUGGGCAUCACGUCAAGAUGGGGAGGAUCACGACGAUCACGAUCACGACCACGACCACGAUGAGGAGGAUGAAGAUGUGAGUGGGGUGCUGGUGGCCAAGGUCACCGCCAUGGUGGUGCUUUUCUGCGCCAGCACCAUCUGCGGUUCUAUUCCCUUCCUGCUGAACCGCUGCUACCGCUGGACGGAGAACCAGACGAAUGCCCGAUCCGCGAUUGUUGUGAAGUGCCUGCUGUACUUUGGAGGCGGUGUCCUGCUAGCCACCACCUUCCUCCAUCUGCUGCCCGAAGUGCAGGAGGUGGUCGAGGAGCUACAGGAGUGCGGCAUAAUCGGGGAGCUCACUUUUCCGCUGGCAGAGCUGCUCAUGUGCUGUGGUUUCUUCCUCAUGUACUUCAUCGAGGAGGCCAUGCACACGUAUGUCCACCACCACCAGAAGGACGAGGCGGGUGCCGCCUUCGAGCGGGGUCACAGCAUCCGGAAUAGCCACCUGCUGAAACCCACCGAGGGCACCACACCCACUGCACCACCGGCGCCUUUGCAAGGGACCGCCGAACUCGGAACACUCUCGGUGCAGAAUCUCCUGCAGAGCGAUCUGGAGCAGCAGAAGUUCGCCUCCUCCAAGCCACAGCACCAGACGAAUGGUCACGGUCACAGUCAUGGUCACGGACAUGGCCACAGCCACCUUCCAGUGAUCGCGGAUGACGCCUCCGCCGGCGACAUGCUGGCAUCCUCGCUGCGCGGACUCUUCAUCGUGUCCGCCCUGUCGCUGCACGAGCUCUUCGAGGGCAUGGCCAUUGGCCUGGAGAGCUCCGCCAGUUCCGUGUGGUUCAUGUUCGGCGCCGUGUCCGCCCACAAACUGGUUCUGGCCUUCUGCGUGGGCGUCGAGCUGAUCGUGGCCCGCACCAGGAUGACGCUGGCUAUCGUCUAUGUGCUGACCUUCGCCGUGGUCAGUCCGCUGGGCAUCGGCAUCGGAAUCCUGAUCAACCAUGGCCAGGAGACGACCGGACCGAGUCUGGUGUCGGCCAUUCUGCAGGGAUUCGCCUGCGGCACGCUCAUCUACGUGGUGUUCUUCGAGAUCCUCUCGAAGAAUCGCUCCGGUCUGCGCGCCUAUUUGGCCCUCUUCGUUGGCUUCCUCGUCAUGUUUGGCCUGCAGCAGUUGACUUCCGGUGAUGGACAUGGACACAGCCACAGUCACAGCAGCUGCUCAUCGUCCAGCCACACAGACGAUCACCAUGAGACUGAGACCAGGUCGGGCUCGGGCCACGCCCACGACCAUGAGCACGACCACGAUCACCCGCCACACCACAACCACGCCGAGGAGCUGGCCACGGUCCACAACUACGAGCAGCAGCUGCAGAUCCUGCGGCAGGUGACCCAAAAACUGCUCGAAGCACACCCCAAGAAGGACGCCUAGAUUGUAGACUGCCCAGCAGAACUUUGAUCUAAUUAUUGUAUAUGUAUUUAUGUAGACAUAAACUGUAAAAAUAGUGAAAGUAAAACCAAUUUAUAUUUAACAA